ACAAGGCCGUUUGAAGAUAUAGCAAUUUAUUUUCAACUUUGUUUAUUUUGUAAUAUUCUGAAUAAAUUAUAAAUUCAGAAUUUUAUUUAUUUUUAUUUUCCGGGGCCGUUCAUCUUCCCCGUCCGUUGUAAUCCGUACAAGAAUUGUAACAGUCUUAAGGUAGUAGCCAUAUCCGUGCGCAAUGGCGGGUAUGGACGGAUUCGGUUUUGACGCUCACACCGGAAACGGGAGUAGUUCCGAGACUCCGGUUGUGAACGUUUCAGCUAGAUUGGGUGGCUCUGUUGGGCAGACCACUCCGGUCAACAUUCCUUUCGGAUCGAGUGCGGCCAUGGGGUCCACUCCGAUCACCACCUUCGUUGGAUCGAGCGCGACUAUGGGGUCCGCUCCGGUCACCUCGGUUAUUGGACCAACCGCGGCUACGGCCGCAAUGGUCACCCCACUCGGACCGAAUAUGGCUUCGGCCAUACCGGUCAUUCCCUCACUUGGACCGAACACGGGUGUCUUCACAUCCGCACCGGUCGGACAUCCUACUGUCAUGCUGCCCGCGAACUCUGUCAAAGAACCGGCAAAGUUCACAGGUGUUGGAUUUAAAAUAUGUGAGGCAUUCCAAGUGGCGGCGAUUAUUCAUGUGCUCCCGCCAGCUUGGGAUGAGUUCCAGAGCUAUCUCAAGCUCAAACGGAAAGAAAUGACUUUAGAACAGUUGCUUGUUCGUCUCCGGAUCCGUGAAGAGGGUCUCACUCGCGAGAAAAAAGUAGCUGUUGCUAAGGCCAAUGUGGUGGAGCAUCCACCCAAAGAGGGUUCUUCCAAAGGGCCCAAGCCAAAUAAGGACAAGAAGAAAAUUGGUCCUAAAGGAGGCGUCGCGAAGCCCAAAUUCACGGAGAAAUGCUACAACUGUGGCAUUACGGGCCACCGUUCUUCAGAGUGCCGCAAGAAGCCUCAGAAGAAGAAGCAGAAGAAGGAAGAAGCUCUCUUCUCGGAGCUAGAUGCUAUGGAUCUUUGUGCUGUCGUGACAGAGGUCAACCUGGUCAGUGAUAUGGAAAUCGGAUAUCUUGUUCGGAAAUGUCAGAGACAAGUAAGGAUUUCUCAAGCAAACGAAAAUCCUCUGAUCCGGAAGACUACAUAAGAACUGGAUGUCUCGCUACAACCCGCUGAAGUCUAAGUCAUCCAAAUCAGAAGACUAGCACGGAUCUCUUUCUCACCCGGAAGUCUAAAAAUGACUCAUCCGGAUUUUUCAGCUAAGAAUCGGAAGACUCACUGAAGACCGGAAUUCUCAGAAAGCGGACAAGUGAGAAAAGACAUAGAAAAAUUAUCUAAGUCCUGAAUGAAGAAAUUCUACCCGUUGGU